CUGCAAGAAAAGGUCAUAAUUUAGCUCCCCGACCUUAUCAAUGUGUUCAUGCUUCAAACACAGCCACUCAAAACCAGACACAUUUAUGUACCCCAUAACCAAACUUCAUUUCUGUAACUUCCUGUGGCUCUAAUCAGAAAGAGGGCCAAGAAAUGAGAGAUCCAACAAUAUAUCAUGUAUAAUCCAGAUCUGGGGGUGAGGUUUUAGGGAAGAGAAGAAGAAACAAGGAUGCCGACACUUGGACAAAAAAACGAGGCGUCUCUAGUAUAUUCUCAAGGUUGCUGUCCAACGACUUUUUUCAGUUUACCCAUAUCUCAGUCUCAGAUCACAGUGAGCAAACCCAGGAGCAGCACUUCGGAGUGUCGACACAAUUUUGCAGCAACGACAGCUUCCUCAAUUUUUCCGAACACCCAAUUUACUAACCCUGAAUCUCUGCCAUCACUUGAGGAAUCGUUCACUGAGUUUGUCAGAGUCUAUCCUCAGUAUUCUGAGACUGAACAGGUGGAUCGCGUCAGAGGUAAAGAAUACUACCAUCUUUCUGUUUCCAACCAUACAUGCCUUGACUAUAUUGGAAUUGGUCUCUUCUCUUAUUACCAAUUGCAACGCUACGAAACUGCGAAAACCCAGCUUGCCUCAACUUCAAUCCCUCAGGUACCUCAAUAUUCAGAAGCUCCCUCCUUUAGCAUAUCGUACAAGACUGGGAAUCUGAAGACUCUGUUGCUUCAUGGAGGGCAAGAGUCAGAAUUUGAGACUGCCAUGAAGAAGAAAAUCAUGGGGUUUUUGAAUAUCUCUGAUAAUGAUUACUUCAUGGUGUUCACAGCGAACAGAACAUCAGCUUUUAAACUAGUGGCUGAGUCCUACCCUUUCCAAUCUAAUCGGAAGCUUCUCACGGUUUAUGACUACGAGAGUGAAGCUGUGGAGACAAUGAUUAGCUGUUCAGAGAGAAGAGGGGGCAGGGCUAUGUCAGCAGAGUUUUCGUGGCCACGUCUUAGGAUUCAGUCGACCAAACUGAGGAAGAUGAUUGAAGGUAAGAGAAAAGGCAAGAAAAAAAGAGGACUUUUUGUGUUUCCUCUUCAUUCUAGAGUAACAGGAGCGAGAUAUCCUUAUCUGUGGAUGAGUGUAGCACAAGAGAAUGGGUGGCAUGUGUUGAUCGAUGCUUGUGCUUUGAGUCCAAAAGACAUGGAUAGUUUUGGCCUCUCUGUUUUUCGCCCAGACUUCCUCAUUUGUUCCUUCUACAAGGUAUUUGGCGAGAACCCAUCUGGAUUUGGAUGCCUUUUUGUGAAAAAAUCUGCCAUUUCCGUCGAAGCCUCUUCUUGUGGAGGAAUUGUCAAUCUUAUACCAGAAAGGAGGCUACCGCAGCUGCCAGAGGAUUCUUCUGGUACUCAAGUAGAACAAAAAGCAACCUCUAUCUUACAACAAGAAUUAGAGUCCCUGACCUCUUUCUCUGGUCGUAUAGAAUCCACAAAAGUUGAACAAGGAGUACUGUCUAAGCUUCAGAUCACCGAAUCGGCUCAAGAAAAAAGCAACCCAGUUGAGAAUGCAGAAAGAAGGAAAGCCCCAGAUGGUAAAAAUGGAAGCUUUGAUAUUGAAUGCAGGUGUUUAGAUCAAGUGGACUCUUUAGGGUUAACAGUAAUCAAUAACAGAGGAAGGUACCUUGUAAAUUGGCUUGUAAACUCAAUGCUGAAACUGAAGCAUCCAAACACAGAAGGCGUUCCUCUGGUAAAGAUUUAUGGUCCAAAGAUAAGAUUUGACAGAGGGCCUGCUUUGGCUUUCAAUGUGUUUGACUGGAAAGGAUCAAAGGUGGAACCUGUUCUUGUACAGAAACUAGCUGACAGGAACAACAUUUCUCUUAGCUAUGGAUUCCUCCACCAUUUAUGUUUUGCAGAUAAGUAUGUGGAAGAGAAGGGAAGGAUUUUACAGACCAAAGAAGGUGGAGGCAAAGCAGUGAAGGUGGAGAAGAAGAAAGAUGGAGAGACAAAGCUUGGGAUUACUGUGGUUACUGCUGCAAUAGGAUUUCUGGCAAAUUUCGAAGAUAUCUACAAACUCUGGGCUUUUCUUGCUCGGUUCCUUGAUGCAGACUUUGUGGAGAAGGAGAGAUGGAGAUACACUGCUCUGAAUCAGAAAACAAUUGAAAUUUAACAAGUUUCUUUUUAAGAAAGUUUUUGCUUGUUCCUGUGGAUUGUAAAAUCGGCUGAAGAUAUAAUAAGAUUAAGAUUCAAUUCACACACUUGUAUGAUGUGUUCAGCAACUAAGUGUCAUUCUUUUACCACAGCAAGAAGAUUGGAUGGAUUAGCGGUUUCCUUGGCCAA